AAAUAUUUAUCAUAAACGGAAACCGUAUGAGAUAGGAAGGUAAGGCGAAUUUCGGAUAAACCAUGGAACUCGGCAGUAAAUUCGUGUACUUUAGUUCCGGCGACGAGGAUGAGGAAAUAGUCUACGGGAACGCGUCGUCGGAAUCCGAGACAGAAGCCGACGACGGCGAGACAUGUCUGCUGGACAUCUUAGACACUGCGGGUCAGGAGGAGUACUCGGCCCUCCGCGACCAGUACACACGUACCGGCGACUGCUUUCUCCUCAUUUACAGCGUCACCGACACCACCUCCUUCCAGCAGGUCGAGGCGCUUUACGACUUUCUCAAGCGCGUCAAGGACACAGAACAGCUGGCAGCGGUUCUCAUUGGAAAUAAGACUGACCUGGAGGCGGACAGGAAAAUAACUACUCAGGAAGGGGCGGACCUGGCCACAAGACUCGGCGUCCCAUUCAUCGAGACUUCCGCGAAGACCGGCGACAAUAUCAUCAAGGCGUUUGAGACGCUUAUCAGACAAACGCCAAGGCAUGGUAUGGAGUACAAGGUGGUAAUCCUGGGGUCGGGUGGUGUUGGCAAGUCAAGCGUCACGAUCCGCUAUGUCAGUAACGAUUUUGUCGACUCGUACGACCCGACAAUAGAAGACUCGUAUCGGAAGUAUGUGCGCAUUUCUGGAAUACCCGACGACAUGAAGAAUGCACCAAAACAGAAGAAGAAGAAAUGGCCCAAGAAAAGCGCAGCCGGUGGUUUUCGUCUUUCUUUGAAGAAAAGGGGAUCGCGAAAAUCUCCCGGCCUGCCCAAGAGUUCUGGCGAACUUUUUGGGAGCAUCAAGAAUGUCCUGGGUUUCGAUGGAAAAUAUGCAAGCGGGGAGCCCAUGGCCCAACAUGCGGCGCCCGAUCUUAACGAGGCAUUGGAUAACGACUCAGACGAUGAUAGCCCGGCCAGUUCAUCCGGCGUGAAGCAGCGGAAGAAGGUGCGAAAGGCAGACGCCAACGUGCUUUUGCUUAAGAUGGACAUAUUGGAGGAAGAGCCGCGUGUCGUCACAGGCGACCCCGUCCACUGCGCCGGAUGUGACGCAAUACUAUCCGCAAUUUCCGUUAUAGAGAAACCAGAGGGUGCGGACCAUUCGUCAUGGGUUUGUGAGUUUUGCGAUCAUAUGAAUGAGAACUUGGACAUCAGCCCUGACGAGGUUCCGCGCGGGGAGAGUUUCGACUUCGUGCUCGUAGCGGCACGUAAGGAUGGGGAGGCGCCGGCCGAGGAGGUGGCGACAGGGGAGACAACCCCUGAAAAGAAGGAGGAGAGUAAGGGGAUGGUGGUGUACUGUAUGGACAUCAGCGGUUCCAUGAGCAGCAUGGUCCGCCUUCCGGAACUUCAAGCCCAAUGGAGAAACGCCCGCGACCGCCGAGAGCACACGGACAACUCAGUAUCCCAGCUUAAGGCCAUCAAGGACGCCGCUAGAAGGCAGCUGGAGCGCUUAAAGAUCGAGUAUCCGAAUAAGCAGGUUGCCCUGGUAACGUUCGGCUCCACCGUGUACCUGUGGGGAGAUUGCCAUGAUGACCUGCCCGCCAAGUCUUUCUCCGAUCCCGUCAUCCUCCAUGACUAUGACCGCCUGAUCGCCGCCGGCCGCGAGUACGCAACAACAAUGGAGGUCUCCGGUCUUGUAACCACUUUCGAAUGCAUUGAUGAAAAGAUCAACGCCCUGUCUAUACAGGGGUCCACAGCUCUGGGGCCCGCCCUGGCAAUCAGCGCAGGUAUCAUAUCAGGUUUGCCAGAAUCAGAGGUCGUCCUGUGUACAGACGGCGAGCCAAAUGUGGGUAUCGGGCUUUUCGGUGGAGAUGAUCCGGCCGAGUUUUAUAAACGGAUCGGUGAGUUUGCGCGAAGCAACAACACGCGGCUUUCUAUUCUGGCGGUGGAGGGACAUGAAACGGGACUGCGAAACGUGCAGGAGUGUGCCAUCACUUCCGGCGGGACUGUGAACGUGCUCAACCCGUUGGAGAUGAUGCGCCAGCUGCGGCUAAUUGCCCAGAACUACACGGUGGCGACGGCUGUUGACGUAACCGUCAUUUUACAUCCGGAUCUCAUGUUUGAUGAGCCUGGGUACCAACAGGCGAGCAACCGGCUGGUGAAAGAGGUGGGGAAUGCCGCCAAGGAGACCGACCUCACUUUCCGAUACAAGCCCAAAGACCCGAAAAACAAAACCAAGAAGAAAGCCAUACCAUUCCAGGUGCAAAUCUCUUACACAUUGAAGAGCGGGAUGCGGUGUAUGCGCGUGCUCAGUAAAUCCCACGAAGUCACCCAGGACCGGAAACAGAUGGAGGAGGGCGUCAACGUAGCGGUGGUUGGCAUCGCCGCCGUCCAGAAGACAGCGGUCAUGGCGAGCAAGGGCAACGCGAAAACGGCACAGGAGCACAUGCGGAGCGUACAGAAGAUGUUGAAGCGAGGGGCGAAAAAUCCCACCCAGCUGGAGGAGCGACUGGCUUUUAAGACAGAGUCGGACGGGCUCAGGAGUGAGAUAAGGAAAGCGACCGUGUCGGAUGACUUUAGAAGACGGUCGGACCAACGAAGCACUGUGUACUCCUCCAACAUGCAGAUGUCGAGCAACAAAUUCUAUGGCGUUGCCACCGCCAUGAAGAAGAAGCAAGUGAAUUCCAGGAAAGCGGACCACAUGCUGACCGUGCAGUACGACCAGUACAUGUGCUAGAUACAUACAGACGUGCGAUAUCUGUCCCACGUGCUUACCGACCGCGCGACCUAUGUGUACCAACGUAGUAGGAUGUCUACAUGCUCCUACUUCUCCGCGGCAACCAACAAUCACACGCGACACAGGAUCGCAUCACUGAACCGUGGCUCAGAGGGAACAAUAUUAUCAUUUCGAAUCAUAAAUACUAUAGCAAGCACACGUAUUACACAUAAUAAUGGACACACUAUUUAAAUAGGCCUUUUUGGUCAAUUUUGGCGAAAUUUUCGUUUGAAUGCAAUGUUUGCAUGGCGUUUUGGCGCUUUCCAUGAUAUACAGCCUCAGUGAAAUACACAUGUUUU